CUUAUUUCUCCCAUACCUCAACCAAAACUCAACCAAAUUCCAUCAAACCACCACCAAAACACUCCCCUCACUCCCCUCUACAACCUCAUACCAAUCAAUCUCACCCUCUCUCCCUAUUCCCAAAACUCCGAAACCCUACCCCCAAAUCCCAAGUCCGAACCUAUACUCAAGAUUUACUCAAAAAUGGCACCAAAGAGGAACCAACCGGAAAGCUCUAGCUCAAGAGGACCUAUCCGAGGCUAUGAGGAUGUGCAAUUUGGCCCGGGGGAUCAUCGGAAGCGAUUUGUGACCGCUCUCAAAAGGACACUAUCUCUUGGAGAGGCAGAAGAAGAAGAAAAGAAGAAGAAGAGAAAAAGAAGUAAGGGGCAUAGAAGACCAUUAAACCCAAAGAGAUGUUAUUUUGUAAACUCAUUUACAAUACUUGGUGGUUUUAGUUCCUUAUUUCUUCCUCUCUAUGAACUCAUGAUCUUGUGAUAAACAUUGUAUAAACAUUUGGUUUUACUCGAGGUCGAGUAAAGGAACUAAGUGUGGGGGAGUUGACAUUCAUGUUAUUUCCG